ACUCAAGGUCAAGCUUAGGGUUUUAUGCGAAUAUGUAUCAAAACCAAGGCCUUAUGUUUAACGAAUUUCCGAUCGAUCAACAAACUCUACGGGAGCUUAAUCGUCACGAGAAGAGCCUAGGUCUUUUGACAGAAAAAUUUGUGCAGCUUCUGAAAGAGGCACCUGAUGGAAUAUUGGAUCUCAAAAUGGCGGCAGAUUUAUUGGCUGUCAGACAAAAAAGGAGAAUUUAUGAUAUUACAAAUGUUUUGGAGGGCAUUGGUUUAAUUGAGAAGAGGACCAAAAACAGUAUCCAAUGGAAAGGAGGAAGUGCAGCUACAAAUGGACCUGAUAUUCAAGCUCGCUUAGAUGAACUACAGGCUGAAGUUGAAUACCUGGAAAAUCUAGAGAAGAAAGUAGAUGAACACAGAGGCAAAGUUCUCCAGUCUUUGAAAAAUGUUCAGGAAGAUUUAGAUAAUAUUCAGUACUCCUUUGUAACUCAUCAAGAUCUGAUCAACAUCUUCCAAGAUCGUACAAUGUUAGUUAUACGUGCACCGCCAGGUACUAGAUUGGAAGCACCUGUGCCCGAAAACCCUAUGGAACAACCUGUUCAAACUAUAUUCUCACUGAAACGUUCGUACAAAGUUCACGUCAAAAGUUUCACAACACCUAUCCACGUGCUGUUGGUGAAUCAAGAAGAGGGUAGCGACAAAGCCCGUGUACUACCGGUUCCAGCAGCCGCGGAUUCCAUUGCUAAGGCUCGUCGUCCACUUGCUAGAGUUAAUGAAGAGAAAGCAUUUGUGAGUCCACUGCUGCCAUUGAGUCCACCGCCCAGUGAAUGCGAUUUCAAUUUCAAUUUGGACGAAAUAGAAGGUGUAUGUGAUCUGUUCGAUAUCCCUAUUGUUCCCUCUUCUAAUUCAAGCUAAAUUCAGAAACGAUAAUAAGGAAAUCAUGUAUAU